AUGGCCGAUGGGGUUCUUACUCUCCUCUUUUGCUGCUGGUCGCCUGCUGCCUGUCAUACUCCUCCUGCUGCUGCUGCUGCUGUUGCUGCUGCUGCUACGGACGUUCAUUCACUACAAAGUGAGCCUGUUUACCCGUCAAUCCUCCCCGGAUCUCUCUCUCUCUCUCUCUCUCGUCUUUUUUGUCCUGAAGCACUGGAGGAUCCUUUCCCCAUCUUGCGGCCUAUGGUUCCGUACCGUAUCUAG